AUGGAGACCGUCAGACGCCCCAUGAGCCGCUCCACUCUGUGAGUGACUCACUCAAAUCAGAUGUGACGCAUACACAGACGUGUGGUGACUCAUCAAACAACGAGCAGCGUUGAAGAUAAACUGUUCAGCUCCCAGAUCAGUUUUACUUCACAUCAAAGGACAGACACACAGCAUGGUUGAAGAUAACCUAUUCAGCGCCCAGAUCAGUUUCAGCAAGGUUGACGUGACCUGCUAGAACUACAGCAGUACUGUAACCAUGGAGUUAUUUUAGCUUAUGGACAUGAUGUUAAUGCAAGAUUUACAGGAAACAAUGGAUGUACUAGCUGUUUGUUUUCCCUGUUUGCACUUAGUCUGUCCUUCAUUCACCCAUAGAAUAUGAAUGAGGAUGCCUCUAAACAUUGAAACAGAGGCUGACAUUUCUUCACCCCGUUGGUAGGAUUGAGGGUUGGUUAAUCUGAUCCAAGAUCUUAGGAGGAAAUUGUACCCCAACAGUCAUCCACAUUAUCACAUUGAAUGUGGGAAGUGCUCUCUACAAAUGUAUUAUUAUUAUUACUGUUAUGAUUAAUGUUAUUAUUAUUAUUAUUAUUAUUAUUAUUAUUAUUAUUAUUAUUAUUAUUACUGUUAUUAUUAUUACGGUUGUUAUUAUUAUUAUUAGUUAUUAUUAUUAUUACUGUUAUUAUUACUGUUACUGUUAAUAUUACUGUUAUUAUUAUUACUGUUAUUAUUAUUACUGUUAUUAUUAUUAUCAUCGUCAGAUCCAACCCUUUAUUUCCCUUUGGUCCACCACCACCUCUCCUCUGUGGCUGGACAGUAAAAGAGGGAGCCAAUAAGCCCCACUUUCUCUUGGCAGUACAGUACCAGUACAGUACCAGGACAGUACCAGGACAGUACCAGGACAGUACCAGGACAAUACCAGGACAGUACCAGGAGAGUACCAGGACAGUACCAGUACAGUACCAGGACAGUACCAGGACAGUACCAGGACAGUACCAGGAGAGUACCAGGACAGUACCAGGACAGUACCAGUACAGUACCAGGACAGUACCAGUACAGUACCAGGACAGUACCAGGAGAGUACCAGGACAGUACCAGUACAGUACCAGGACUGUACCAGGACAGUACCAGUACAGUACCAGGACAGUACCAGGACAGUACCAGGACAGUACCAGGACAGUACAGGAGUGAGCGAGAGAAAGUUCCACGUCAUGUACGUGGGAUCAUAUCGUACCUCUUUGGUCUCACAUUUGUAUUAAUUUGAGUCAGUCAGAGUGACUCAUGCUAGCUGAGAGGGAGAGGGAGAGAGAGAGAGAGAGAGAGAGAGAGAGAGAGAGAGAGAGAGAGAGAGAGAGAGAGAGAGAGAGAGAGAGAGAGAGAGAGAGGGGUCACAAUGAGUCCAAUAGAAGCUGCAAGUCAGAGAGAAACAGAAGUGACACUGAUUUCUCUGUGAGGAGAUGAUUGAUAGUCUAACAGUGUUAGCCAGUGUAUUAGAUAUCCUUCUCCAUCCCUUCUCCUCCCCCACUUCUUUCCCUUCCUUCCCUGCUCCUAUAUUAAUAAUCAAAGCUUCUCAUCUGUUUCAGUCUCCCUCCUUCCUUCCCUCCCUCCCUUCCACCUUCUCCCUUUUUCCUUCCCUUCUCUUCCCUCGCUCUUUCGCUCCCUCCACCCUUCACGUCUUCCCUGUGUCUCUCUGUCCCGGUCAUAGCUUCUCACAUGGGCUCCCCAGAAGGCCUUAUAUAGCUCUAGGACUGUCUUGCCCAGCUCCCCACCCUAUUGCCAGUCCAAUUCAGUCUCUCUUAGAAAUACCUCUGCUCAGACUAAUAUGGAAGCGCCUUGGAGGUAUCGGAUGCGGACCCUGUGACAGAGGAGAUGAAGAAGUGGGUGGGGGCUGUGUUUUUUUUGGGGGGGAGGGGGGUGGGUAAUGAGGGUUCCAUUCUCAAAAGCAUAACACCGACCGACAGUUAUUGGCUGGAAGACGUCUUUGCUACCAGUUUUGCCACCAGUCUGUAAUGUCUUGGCAAAUGUGGUAAAGGUCUUACCGCAUUUAACAUGUUAAACAUUUUAAUUAUCAGUGGUCAACCAGAUAUAUAGGUGGAAAUGAUGAGCAAUGGCUAGAUAGAAAGUCAGGAGAUCUAAUGGUCAAGCUGUGGGAGGACAAUUGGGCUGUUUGUCAUAAUGGAUAAUGGUAUGUUGCAUAGAAACAUGUUCAGGGCCACUAUUCAAAAAGCAUCUCAGAGCAGGAGUGCUGCUCUAAGAUCAGGUCCCUCCUGUCUUAUUCAUCAUCAUCUAAAAGGCCAAACUGAUUCUAAAUCAGUACUCCUACUUUAAGACACUUUGUGAAUAAGGGCCCUGAGCUAUAGCCUUUGUUGUUCAAAAAGCAUUUGUGCUUAUUCUGAAGUCUGAACUCUGUCGUCCAUUGAAGUUAGAUUGUUUGGUACUCUGCCUCUUGACCUGUCACCAUCUCUGUGUUCUAUGGACUGUCCUGUAUAGUGGAAUUAUUCGGGAUUCUAUUCACUGUCCUGUGAUGUCGUGACUCUGUCCAUAUACCUUAAUAUCCAUAUUCAUAAUAAUAACAUAAAAUGUUUUAUGAUGAUGUAAUGAAAUCGUCAAGUAAUCCCACUGGGCACACACUGGUUGAAUCAACGUUGUUGCCACGUCAUUUCAAUGAAAUUAUGUUGAACCAACAUGGAAUAGAUGUUAAAUUGAAGUCUGUGCCCAGUGGGAUGUCCUUUAUUUACUGUCCUUUAUUCACUGUCCUUUAUUUACUGUCCUUUAUUUACCCAGUCUUGUAGUUGUUAUGGCCGAAAUUCAAUCAAAGACGCAUUGUCAACAAUGCACCUUUUAAAGGCAAUUUCCCGACUUUCGUGGAGUUCACAUUCACGGGAAUUCUGUGGAUGUCUGCUCAAGCGUAAAUUACCUUGAACAGUCUAGUGCAGUGCUCUUUUCGUCAAUGCACCUUUGAUUGAAUACCGGACUAUACGUGAAUGUCCCUGUGCUAAAGCAUAACUUCUCUCUACAGUUACUCACCAGUCCAGCUGCCCUGACAUUCCAGGUAUGUUCAGGCCUUCAAACCACCCCUCUACAAAGCUGCUGCCCUACAGCUAAACCCUCAGCAGCUCGCUCUAUAGCAGCGUCCCAAAUAGCACCCUAUUCCCCAUGGGCCCUGUUCAAAAGUAGUACACUAUGUAGGGAAUAGGGUGCUAUUUGGGAUGCAGACUAUGACUGCUUCUCUGUACUGCAGCAGUGAAAGUAAUGUUGCAAAUAAAGCUCACUGUGGCAGAGAAAGAAAUAAGCAAAACAAAUUGAAAAGGCUGGUCUAACCCCUUUAUCCUUUCUUUCAUCCAUCCAUCCAUCCAUCCAUCCAUCCAUCCAUCCAUCCAUCCAUCCAUCCAUCCAUCCAUCCAUCCAUCCAUCCAUCCAUCCAUCCAUCCAUCCAUCCAUCCAUCCAUCCAUCCAUCCAUCCAUCCAUCCAUCCAUCCAUCCAUCCAUCCAUCCAUCCAUCCAUCCAUCCAUCCAUCCAUCCAUCCAUCCAUCCAUCCAUCCAUCCAUCCAUCCAUCCAUCCAUCCUUUUAACAAUUUCAUGCAAAACAGAGAUGCUGGCCCCAAGGAAUUGCUUGGCAAGAGAGCAGUACUUGUCACACUGGCUUUACUGUAAACCAGAUUGAGCCACAUAAUGUUGGCCAUCUUGUUUUGGUGGCCAUCUUGGUUGGGUGCUAUCCCGGGAAUGGUCCAUGCUAUCUGGGAUCCUUGGGACGUCCCUACCCCAUUGAAGUUGACAUUUCAAAUAGUUAAGGUAAGGCUUAAGGUUAGGGUUAGGUAAGAGUUAUGGUCAGGGUUUAGGGUAAGGACGUCCCAAGGAUCCCGGGUAGCACUGUCCAAACCAAAAUGGAGCUCAGUGCUGCUGUUAUGGCUGAGGUGGAGUUGAGGCUUGGACUGAACCAUGACCUGGCUAGGGUGGAUGUUGCCUAGCUUGACUGUUUGGGCUGGACAUAUCACUGGAUAUUCCUUGAUGGAUAUUGCCUGCUUUUGAAUGAUACCCAUUCUGCAUUGAAAGACAUUUGUAAUUAUGUGAUUCUUGCAUAUCCAUUGGAGUCCAAUGUUUUCUCUACUGAUGUUUUGUUCCAUAUAUUGCCAUAGAUUGGUGGCCUCUGGUGGUUAAAAUGAGAACAAAGUGUGUGUGUGUCUGUGUGUGUGUCUGUGUCUGUGUGUGUGUCUGUGUGCUUGUGCGUGUAUGCGUGUUGGUGUGUGUCUUUGCAAGUGGGUGUUAGCGAGUGUGCGUAUGUAAGUUUACUCUCCCAAAGCGUAAUCCCUUCUCCUGUCCACCGGUCCACUGCACCUGUCGUGACCACGUCUCUUCCCGUCGACACACUAGGACCAUGUCACACACCCCCCCCCCUUCUCUCUCUGCCCUCUCAUUUGCUGGGCUAACUAUCCACCAAUAGGUGCAGUUUCACACAGAUUUAGAAAGUGCAAGGCUUUUGCUUUUAAGGCCUUGAAAGAGGGAGGAAAUGCCAUGAUUGGGGGGUGGGGGUGCUUACGGAGUAUGUGGGAAAUACAUUUUCCAUGCAGUCCAUUGGACUGCGGUGUGGUCAUAUGUGUCUAGGACUGGAGUGCUGAGCACCUCAUUCCUAAGUGAAGGACGGCAGAUCUAUAAACAUAGAAAACACGUAUAAGUUUAGCCAACAGGAACCUAUUUCAAGAUGAACAGGGGGGGUGUGGGGUUGGGGGGACUGUGUGGGGGCACACACAUCUCUAUUCCGUUCUAAACCAACCCCCUUUCCCUAUAGGCAGUUGUGUAGAUUUGAAAUGAUUGGAUAGGUAUAAGCAAUAUGUUGAAAAUGUCACCUGGCCUAUCAGAGGGCAGGGUUGAGCUAUAGCCUAUCAGAGGGCAGGGUUGAGCUAUAGCCUAUCAGAGGGCAGGGUUGAGCUAUAGCCUAUCAGAGGGCAGGGUUGAGCUAAUACCUGUCAGAUCCAUUCAAGGUUGUUCAAAGAAGUAAGGUCUAGAGAUCCAAAAAUGUAGCGAAAAAUAGAUGUUACGAUGUUAGGGUCCAUGUGCUCUGAUACAGCUCCAUCUCUUACACGCUUUCUUGCUUUCUUGCUUUCUUUCUUUCGCCUCUCUCUUCUCUGCAGCUUGCAGCCCAGGUUCUUGACGAUCUCGAUGAUGAAGACAUUGGAUUCGGUCUUGUGGAUGAGAAGAAGGACCUCUCUGUCGCCAAGAAGCUGGGUAAGAACUCACUCAUCUCUUCACCCCCUUUUCAUCAUCGAUAAAACCUCAGUCCUUCAGUCUGACUUCACAUAGAAUCCUGAUCUCUCUGGCCCUCUUCUGCCCGAGGAGUGGUAUCUUUCCUGUUGAAAAAGAUUAGAGCAGUGGUUUUCAAACCUCUCCUCGGGACCCCCAGACAUUUCACUAUUUUGUUGUAACCCUGAACUAACUCAACUGAUUCACAGGCAGUGCCUAGUGAAAGUCUUAAAAUUAAAUGUAAAAAGGGAUUGAAUUAGAUUUUUUUCCUACAGUUCUACACAACCUACUCCACAUUUUGAAAGUGAAAGAAAGAUUAUAGAAAAUGUUCUUAAUUAAUAAAAAAUUAAGAUGUUAAUUGGGUAUGCUUUCACACCCCAAAGUUAAUACUUGGUGGAAGCACCUUUGGCAGGCAAUUACAGCUGUGAAUCAUUUGAGUAAGAUUCUACCAACUUUGCACAACUCUUAAGGCAACAAUCUCAGCAAAUUUGGUUGGGAAUCAUUGAUGGACAGCAACAUUCAAACCUUGUCUCUGAUUUCCUGAAUGACUGAACCAUUCAGAAACACUCAACACAUAUUGCAAAGCCAUUCUUGUGUGUCUUUGGCAUUGACAUUCAAAUUUUGUGUAAUUGUCCCGUAGACAAAUAAAACUCUAUCCCAGGGUUAGGUUUUAGGCAGGUUUUCCUCUAACCGUUUACCUGGGGUUUGCUCCUUUCAUUUUUAUUUUGAUCCUGACAAACUCCCCAGCUCCUGCCAGUGACAAGCAUACCCAUAACAUGAUGCUGCCACCAUUCAAAAUACAAAGGGUUUCACUCUGUGUGGUGUUGUAUUGGAUUUGACCUGUAUUUUUACUGCUCUAAUUACGUUGGUAACCAGUUUAUAAUAGUAAUAAGGCACCUCGGGGGUUUGUGUUAUAUGGCUAAUAUACCAUGGCUAAGGACUGUGUCCUGACUCUCCAAAUUGCGUUGUGCGUAACAACAGCCCUUAGCCAUGGUAUAUUGGCCAUAUAGCACACCCCAUUCAGUAUCACCCUCAGUACAUCAUUCAGCCACCAGAGAGCUGUAGCGUUCAACAAACAUUCCUCGCUGAGAUCUGAGUCUCUAACUUUCAGUUUCUAACUGACUUGCAACUAGAGUAAAGACAGCCAUGGCAUUUACAGUAGGGCAGAUCUCUGGACCUAAUCUAGUAGCUGUGUAAGAUAUCUUUGAUAUCUUUGUAAUACGGAACAUAUUGUAUGGGAAAGGCAGAGUUUUUCCUAACCAGAAUAAAAUCUAGCCACCAGUUGAUGGCCCUAGUUAUGGUUAAGAAAUGUUAUGUUCAUGUAACAGUCUAGACACAUACAAGCUUCAGUAUCACCCUCAGUACAUCAUUCAGCCACCAGAGAGAUGUAGCGUUCAACAAACAUUCCUCGCUGAGAUCUGAGUCUCUAACUUUCAGUUUCUAACUGACUUGCAGCUCUCUCUAUUAUAAUACCAAUCUUAUCAUUAUAUUGUACUGUCACUGCCUUGAUUUUUAUGGUCCCCUAAACCAUAACCCCUAAUCAGAGUUCUUAACCUAUCCCCUAAACCCUAGACCCUAAGUAGAGUUCUUAACCUGUCCCCUAAAGCCUAGACCCUAAGUAGAGUUCCUAACCUGUCCCCUAAAGCCUAGACCCUAAGUAGAGUUCCUAACCUGUCCGCUAAACCCUAGUCCCCAGAGUCUCUAACCUGCCCCAUCCCUUCCCUAGCCCCAUCCCUUCCCUAGCCCCUAGCCCCAUCCCUUCCCUAGCCCCAUCCCUUCCCUAGCCCCAUCCCUUCCCUAGCCCCUAGCCCCAUCCCUUCCCUAGCCCCUAGCCCCAUCCCUUCCCUAGCCCCAUCCCUUCCCUAGCCCCUAGCCCCAUCCCUUCCCUAGCCCCAUCCCUUCCCUAGCCCCUAGCCCCAUCCCUUCCCUAGCCCCUAGCCCCAUCCCUUCCCUAGCCCCAUCCCUUCCCUAGCCCCCAUCCCUUCCCUAGCCCCAUCCCUUCCCUAGCCCCAUCCCUUCCCUAGCCCCAGCCCCAUCCCUUACCUAGCCCCAUCCCUUCCCUAGCCCCAUCCCUUCCCUAGCCCCAUCCCUUCCCUAGCCCCAUCCCUUCCCUAGCCCAUCCCUUCCCUAGCCCCCAUCCCUUCCCUAGCCCCCAUCCCUUCCCUAGCCCCCAUCCCUUCCGUAGCCCCAUCCCUUCCCUAGCCCCCAUCCCUUCCGUAGCCCCCUUCCCUAGCCCCAUCACUUCCCUAGCCCCAUCCCUUCCCUAGCCCCCAUCCCUUCCGUAGCCCCAUCCCUUCCCUAGCUCCCAUCCCUUCCGUAGCCCCCUUCCCUAGCCCCAUCCCUUCCCUAGCCCACAUCCCUUCCUUAGCCCUCAUCCCUUCCCUACCCCCCCUAGCCCCAUCCCUUCCCUAGCCCCAUCCCUUCCCUAGCCCGCAUCCCUUCCCUAGCCCCCAUCCCUUCCAUAGCCCCUAGCCCCCAUCCCUUCCCUAGCCCCUAGCCCCAUCACUUCCCUAGCCCCUAGCCCCAUCCCUUCCCUAGCCCCACCCCUUCCCUAGACCCUAGCCCCAACCCUUCCCUAGCCCCAAGCCCCCAUCCCUUCCCUAGCCCGUAAACAGCGUCUCUAACCUGUCCUCAUCCAUCCUCAGGCCUGGAUGAGGUGGAGAGCAUCUACAUCUUUAUCGAUAAUGAAAUCAUUGAGUACGAUGGUGAGCUGGCCGCUGACACCCUGGUAGAGUUCCUCUACGACGUGAGUAACUGUUAUAACAUUAUAUAGUAAUUUGGUUGUCAUGUCACCUCAUUUGGGUUACAGUCAUUUGGUUGUAACUUUACUUUAGUGUGCUUUUAUCACUGUGUAAAUAUUCUUGAAAGUGUAGUGUACUAAUGGGUGAUUACAUUGUACUUACUAAAUAUUGUUCAGAAAAGGAUAGAAAAAAUACGGCCAGUAAAAUCUUUCUCUGACAUCUCAAAUCUUCUCUUCUCCCUCACUCAAUCUUUCUGCAGGUGAUUGAGGACCCCGUGGAGAUCAUUGAUAAUGAGCGUGAGCUCAAGGGCUUCCACAACAUUGACGAGGACAUCAAGCUGGUUGGCUACUUCAAAAGCGAGAAAUCCCCCCGUAUGUACAGCCAACAAACUCUGCGGGAAAGACCCGAGAAAUCAUGACUGAAGAUGCUAGCCUGGUUCCAGAUCUGUUUGUGCUGUCAUGCCAACUGUUAAGGUCAUUGUCACUGAAUUGGCACAAACAUAUCUGGGAUCAGGCUAAUGGGCUGCUAGUCACAACGCCUAUUUCUGUGAACCACAUGCUGGUUUUCUAUGUCUGUAUUUUGACAAUUUCCUCAAUCAAGUAUGUCAAUGAGAAUAUCACGUUAGGUUCAUGUUAUUUUUCUCUUUUACAGACUUCAUUGAGUAUGACGAUGCUGCCGAGGAGUUCCACCCAUUCAUCAAGUUCUUCGCCACUUUUGACCCCAAGGUAAGGAACCACAGAGGGUAAAAUUAGAGUCAGCUAUAUUCUAAACUCCAUUCUGGAAUAUUUCCAUUGUCCCCAAUGCAGACCAACUGCCUAAUACGCUGUACCAUUUUUAGUAGUCUUAACUUGAAAAGAUAAGUUACUGCGCUACCUUGAAGUGUUAAGUCAACUCAGGAAAUCUAGUUUAGUCCACAAAACAUAAUAUUAGUUACAUUGCAAAUAACUUAAUUCAGAACGUUAACUCAUCUUUUUACGUUGAAACAACAGAUUUUUGAUAAUGGAUGUUCUUUGUCCAUAUCCAGAUUGCCAAGAAGCUGAAUAUGAAGUUGAACGAGGUUGACUUCUACGAGCCCUUCAUGGAGGAACCAGUGACCAUCCCAGGAAAGCCGUACACUGAGGCUGAGCUUGUAGACUACAUUGAGGAGCACGACAGGUGAGUUAGGGACUGCAGUACAGUUGACCUACAAUGCAAAGCCAGAAGGCCAGAAGGUAUGUUCUUUUUCCAAGCCACUGUGAUCUUGCUUCUGCCUUUCCUUGCUUGCUCUUUGGGGUCUAGGCCGGGUUACUGUGAAUGUACUUUGUGACAACUGCCGAUGUAAAAAGGGCUUGAUCAUCUAAAUGUGAUAAAAUGAUAUUGUUUUCAUUCCAGGCCCACUCUGAGGAAGCUCGAGCCUCACAGCAUGUACGAGACCUGGGUAAGAUUUAUUCGCUCACUAUUGAAAUGGCUAGAAACCAGAACUGUCCAGUGGGCCUAUUUCUCAUGGAGAUGUACAGUAGGCCUGAGUCUCUUUCUUUCUUUCUUUCUUUCUUUCUUUCUUUCUUUCUUUCUUUCUUUCUUUCUUUCUUUCUUUCUUUCUUUCUUUCUUUCUUUCUUUUUUUCUUUCUUUCUUUCUUUCUUUCUUUCUUUCUUUCUUUCUUUCUUUCUUUCUUUCUUUCUUUCUUUCUUUCAGGAGGAUGACAUUGAUGGAGAGCACAUUGUUGCCUUCGCUGAGGAGGAUGACCCUGGUAUUGUACAGUGCACUAGUCAAAAGCAAAGUUUAUAUAUACUGUAUAUAUUUUCUCUAGGGAAGGGAUGGGGGCUAGGUAAGGGAUAGGGCUAGGGGCUAGGGAAGGGAUGGGGCUAGGGAAGGGAUGGGGCUAGGGGCUAGGGAAGGGAUGGGGCUAGGGGCUAGGGAAGGGAUGGGGGCUAGGGGCUAGGGAAGGGAUGGGGCUGGGGCUAGGGAAGGGAUGGGGCUAGGGGCUAGGGAAGGGAUGGGGCUAGGGGCUAGGGAAGGGAUGGGGCUAGGGGCUAGGGAAGGGAUGGGGCUAGGUAAGGGAUGGGGCUAGGGGCUAGGGAAGGGAUGGGGCUAGGGGCUAGGGAAGGGAUGGGGGCUAGGGAAGGGAUGGGGCUAGGGAAGGGAUGGGGGCUAGGGAAGGGAUGGGGCUAGGGAAGGGAUGGGGCUAGGGGCUAGGUAAGGGAUGGGGCUAGGGGCUAGGGAAGGGAUGGGGGCUAGGUAAGGGAUGGGGCUAGGGGCUAGGGAAGGGAUGGGGCUAGGGGCUAGGGAAGGGAUGGGGGCUAGGGAAGGGAUGGGGCUAGGUAAGGGAUGGGGCUAGGGGCUAGGGAAGGGAUGGGGCUAGGGAAGGGAUGGGGCUGGGGCUAGGUAAGGGAUAGGGCUAGGGGCUAGGGAAGGGAUGGGGCUAGGGAAGGGAUGGGGCUAGGGGCUAGGGAAGGGAUGGGGCUAGGGGCUAGGGAAGGGAUGGGGGCUAGGGGCUAGGGAAGGGAUGGGGGCUAGGGGCUAGGGAAGGGAUGGGGCUGGGGCUAGGGAAGGGAUGGGGCUAGGGGCUAGGGAAGGGAUGGGGCUAGGGGCUAGGGAAGGGAUGGGGCUAGGGGCUAGGGAAGGGAUGGGGCUAGGUAAGGGAUGGGGCUAGGGGCUAGGGAAGGGAUGGGGCUAGGGGCUAGGGAAGGGAUGGGGACUAGGGAAGGGAUGGGGCUAGGGAAGGGAUGGGGGCUAGGGAAGGGAUGGGGCUAGGGAAGGGAUGGGGCUAGGGGCUAGGUAAGGGAUGGGGCUAGGGGCUAGGGAAGGGAUGGGGGCUAGGUAAGGGAUGGGGCUGGGGCUAGGGAAGGGAUGGGGCUAGGGGCUAGGGAAGGGAUGGGGGCUAGGGAAGGGAUGGGGCUAGGGAAGGGAUGGGGCUAGGGGCUAGGGAAGGGAUGGGGCUAGGGAAGGGAUGGGGCUGGGGCUAGGGAAGGGAUGGGGCUAGGGGCUAGGGAAGGGAUGGGGCAGGUUAGAGACUCUGGGGACUAGGGUUUAGCGGACAGGUUAGGAACUCUACUUAGGGUCUAGGCUUUAGCGGACAGGUUAGGAACUCUACUUAGGGUCUAGGCUUUAGGGGACAGGUUAAGAACUCUACUUAGGGUCUAGGCUUUAGGGGACAUGUAGAAGGGUGGGCGUGUAGAAGGGGGUAAUAGACUACAGUAUCUAACCUUUGACCUUUCCCAGACGGUUUUGAGUUCCUGGAGAUCCUGAAGGAGGUGGCCCAGGAAAACACUGACAACCCCGACCUCAGCAUCAUCUGGAUUGACCCCGACGAUUUCCCCCUGGUAAGAGCUGGUUGAAGAUAUGUGAACUGGCUGAACAUACUGUGUAUGUGUUUGAGACUGACUAAAUUGAAGUUGGACUGUGCAGAAUCACUGAAUCGACCAAUCACUUUGUAAUCCCAAAUAACUACUCAUUAUGUGAUCAAGAUAAGCAAUUCUGCACCUGUAUGUGUAUCGACUAGUCUAACAAGUGAAUAUUAGAAAUGUCCAACAUUUUAAUAUUAUAAUAUGUUAUCAAUAUAUUUAUGUUGAGGUCAAUUAAAAAAGGACAGAUACACUAAGGACUUGAAAAGCAGAACUUUAAAUUCUGAUUUCCCAGACUCAGUUUAAGCCUAGUUGUAGACUGAAAAGCACUUUGGAGAUAUCCAAUAUAAUGUAUUAUAAAACCCUUCAAACAGCAUUUUCUUUUUCUUUUCUCUCUAUCUCCCCCUCUCUAUCUCCCCUUCUCUCCUUUUAGCUUGUGCCCUACUGGGAGAAGACCUUCGGCAUUGACCUCGGUUCCCCUCAGAUCGGUGUUGUGGAUGUAGAAGAUGUAAGUCUGAUCUUCCCGCCUACUUUGUCUCUGUCGUCUCCUUUGUAUCAUCCUCUUCUGUUCAUCCAUCCAUCUUCUCUGAGAACCUCAGGUUUUUGAUGGUCUACUCUCAUUGUCUUGUAUUCAAGCCUCUCUUGAAUCUUAGUGUCUUUAUGUCUUGUAGGCCAACUCCAUCUUGUCUCGUGACAGUCAAAUCGAGGUCUUACUGUGUUUGUGUUCCCUCACAGGCCGACAGUGUGUGGAUGGAGAUGGAUGAUGAUGAGGACAUGCCCACUGCUGAUGAGCUUGAGGACUGGAUCGAGGACGUGCUGUCCGGAAAGAUUGACCCAGAUGACGAUGAUGACGAUGAUGAUGACGACGAUGAUGACGACGAAGAUGAUGAUGACGACGAUGAUGAUGACGAAGAUGAUGACGACGACGAAGAUGAUGAUGAUGACGACGACGACGAUGAUGAUGAUGAUGAUGAUGAUGAUGAUGAUGAUGAUGAUGAUGAUGACGACGACGAUGACGAGUAA